ACAUGUAAUACAUAUGUAAAGUCGAAUAAAGUAGUGUCAAAUAUGAAGGUCAACCCUACAUGGUUGCCCAAUCACGAUAACAGAAGUAAGGUGGAAUACAUACCAAACAAUAUAUCCAGCAUUCAAUGGAGCUUUAACAUCAGAUACGUAAGGAGAUAAACAACAACUUACGAAAAUAGAUAAUCGAGUGUCUAAUAUGAUCGGAACUAUUCUUCACUCAGUAGAUGUUUUUACAAUCUUGACAUUUUUUAUAACACUUUUAUUAGCUUACCUUAUUUGGGACAAUGUGGUUCGAGUGCGAACGAACAUUCCUGGCCCAACACCAUGGCCGAUAAUAGGAAAUAUGCCGUCAAUAAUAGGGACUAAGAACGCAAGUGAAACAUUUUUGCAGAUGCAAAAGAAGUAUGGAGAUUUAGUUUAUCUCAAGCUCGGUAUAUUACCUAUUGUUCUCGUUUAUGGAUACAAAAAUGUGCAUCAAGUGUUGGUUGACAAUGGCAACAAGACAAAAUUCAGACCCAGACAUAUACUUCACUUCCUUAAAACACUCUUCCCAAAUAAAACAGGUCUAAUCUUUAGCAAUGGCCAAGAAUGGGUUGAUAUUCGGCGAUUUACUAUGGUGGCAUUAAAAGACUUCGGUGUCGGAAAACAAUCCAUUGAAGAAAAGAUACAAGACGAGGUCGGCUUACUGAUGGAACUCUUCUCAAAACAAGAAAAGAAACCAACAGAUUGUAGUAAAAUGUUCCCGAAAGCAACCUCCAAUAUCAUUUCAAGCAUUAUAUUCGGUUCACGGUUUGACUUCGAUGAUCCAGAUUUCAACAACCUUUUAGGGAAUAUUGCAACUUUAUUUAAAUAUGCAGCUGCCUUUAGACUAGAAAAUUGUUUUCCAAUUCUGGACAAAAUAAAUCCAUUCAACAAGACAAAAUUAGUUGUGGAGGGUAGAAGGAAGAUUCAAAAAUAUAUAGCUACACGGAUAGAGAGUGUGAGAGGUUCGUUCGAUGCUAAUAACAUUCGGCAUUUCUUGGACGUUUACCUUGAACAAGAAGAAAAACCCGACAGCAAAAUUUCAGAUGAGAGUUUAUUUAUUACUAUAGCUGAUCUGUAUAUUGCUGGUACAGACACUACCUCCGUCACACUACAGUGGAGUAUGAUGUAUAUGAUAAAAUACCCGGAUGUUCAGAAGAAAUGUCGAAAUCAAAUAUUAGAGGUCAUCGGUGAAGACAGACAACCUGUCGUGAAAGAUAAAGACAAUAUACCAUACGUCAUGGCAACUUUACAAGAAGUACAGAGAAUAUCAACCAUUGCUCCUCUUGCAGUACCACAUGUAUCUAUUGAGGACGUAGAAAUCGACGGAAAGAUUAUUCCAAGGGAUACAAUCAUCAUCCCUCAUUUGAUGUCUGUUCAUCUUGAUCCAUCUGUUUGGGAUAAACCAGAAGAAUUUCGACCAGAGAGAUUUCUUGAUAAAGAUGGACACUUUGUUAAAAAGGAAGGCUUCUCUGCUUUUUCGAUGGGUCCACGCCUGUGCCCCGGCAAACAGCUUGCAGAAUCAGAAUUACUUUUAUUCUUCGUUUCAAUUUUACAAAGAUUCAAUUUGACGAAAGGUGACGACAACGACGAAUUACCUAUGACUGGGAUUCAGACUGGAACUACAAACCAACCACAACCAUUCCAGAUCUGUUUUCUACCAAGAUAAAUGUCAGUCCUCACUACAUUGUUGACUCCUGUGAUAUUCCAUAAUAUUUAGUAGUUUAAACCAUAAAUUUAAAAUGUACCGCAAUUCCCGAAACACAAAAAUAUAUAUGAAUGCCGAGUAUACUGAUAACAAAUUAGCCAAUCAAAAAAAAAGAAUACUCAGAACAAUUUUUCCCGACUUGUCCCGAGUAAGGUGUAAACAGUGAUCCACGUGAUAAGAAUUCAUUUUUAUAAAACUCAAAAGUUUACACAUGCAUACCCGCUUGUUUGUUUUGAAAUACUACUAAGCCUGGAACCUAUUUUUCAUUAAAAAAAAACCUGUAGUUAUUGACCUAAUAUAAUUCGCAAAUUUGCAAACGGAACAUUGGAUGACAAAAAAUAAUUUAUGCUCAGUUUAAUGGGAUAACGACAGAAUAAUAUUUUACUGAUUCCCACAUGGAAGGACUAUUUUUAAAAUAAAAACAAGAACAACCUACGUGACCUUUCUAUGUUUCCAGUUCAUGACGUAUUACAGUAAAAAAUCAUGUGAUUGUUUCGAUUCAUUUUUUUUGUAUGAAUAUUCUCAGAAACCUUUUUACUACUAGUGUGUAUUUGUUAUGUACUUCCUUGAAAUAAAUAUUUUCAUUU